GUUUAAAUGUCCACAUCGAACGACGAAAAUACUUGGAACCAAAUCGUGAAAGCAAAAGAAAUAAACUCAAAAGAGCAUCUAGUUUACACUCAGUAGUCACAAGAAUAUUGGAUAUAUUGAUAUUUGCCACUGCCCUUGAAACAACGCGCGCUGUCCGUUGGGAUUGUUACUUAUCCUGAAUGUGUUUCUCGAGCUGAUUUUGAGUAACUGCUUUUCAAGACGUUACAGCUUAAAGUAUUUUGGCAUCAAGGUUUCGUACUUAUCAUUCGUUAAUAGCAAUGGCCAGUAGUAAAUAUCCGGUAAAGAAGUACACAUGUCCGAUUCCGAUUAAAUGUCUUUCUUGUAAGCAUGAAGAAAAUACUACUCUAGGUAAGUCACCUUUUACCUUACAACUCAACUUUAUAGUUUUUGAUUCAUUGGAUCUUACGUCUGAAAUGAAGAGUCCCAUCAGUUUGAGUCCUAUUGCUUUGGAUUGUGAAAUGGUUGGGGUCGGACUCAAAAAUUCUAAUGCUUUAGGACGAAUUAGUAUUGUUGACUAUGAGGGAGAAGUUUUAUGUGAUGUUAUAGUUAAACCUGAAGAAGAAAUUUGUGAUUAUCGCACAACAUGGAGCGGAAUACGUGAAGAAGAUAUGUCUCGUGCAAUGCCCUAUUCCUAUGUUCGAGAGCUGGUUGAGAAGGUCAUACAUAAUCGUAUCGUGGUAGGGCAUAUGCUGAAGAAUGACUUCUCCGUAUUAAAUAUGAAGCACCCUCCUCAUUUGGUACGUGACACUUGUAGGGUUCCAUAUCCUAAGUUGCUUGCUGGUUUUCCCACGAAACCUGCAGUUGGCCUCAGAGCUCUUACUCUUCGACUUUUUGGCAUUAAUAUUCAAGAUGCUGAACAUUGUUCAAUUGAAGAUGCUCGUGCAUCAAUGGCAAUUUAUCGUUUAGUUAAAGAUAUAUGGGAAGCUGAUUUACUUAAAAUAAAUAAAAAACAAUUUUUAAAGCAUACUUCUAAUGAUAAUUAUAAAUCAAUAUGUGAUACAGAUAAUUGUCAAGAAUAUAUUACAACAACAUCAUCAUCAUUAUCAUAGAAACUUUUAAUAGUUUCUAAUUUGUAUAUGUUUUAAAAGUAUCAUAUAAAUAUCAGUCAACUAUAUCAAUGUUGGAUAAUAUUCAUCAUAUUUAUCCUAACAUUAAGGUAUCCGAAAACUAAUUCAUUCACUAUUGAACCUAUUUGACAAGAAUAUAAGAUUAUUUUGUUUUGUUUUUUUUUUGAUGGAAUUCUUUCCACUUUAUUUGUAACGAAAUCAUAUCAUACAUUAUAAAUAUAAACGUUAAGUAUUAUUAUAUCUAUAUUGCUAUAUGGAACUCAAGAUCACAUAUGAGACCGGAGGUUCACCAUUGAUAUUGUGGAUGGUUCAGCAUUACUUUGGCAAGUUUUACUGACUGUUCAUGCUUGAAACUGGUUUGCUGGUUAACCGAUUUUCAUUCACACUGAUGAUUGCUUUUCAGUGUUCUCAAGGAGAUUCUAUAGGAAUUUUUCUAGUCAUAUUUCCCUUCAUAACUUUUGAACGGAUUAUUAUUUUUCAAUGGGGUUUGCUUUGUGUUACUUAUCGAAUUGAGUACUAUUUAAUGAUGUGUAAUAUAUACAUAUACAUU